AUGACCGCUCACAGUGCCAAGGAACUGAAUGCCCUUCUCACCACCGUCAGCGAAGCUCUGAAUGCCUUGGAAGCUUUGGGGUCUCCGACAGCUCACUGGGAUCAAGUCCUCGUUCACACGGUCUCUCAACGGCUCAGCUCAAAGCUUCGUGAAGCGUGGGAGGUUAAGGUCGGCUCAUCGUCGGAGUAUCCUUCUGUCAACUAUUUCAAGAAAUUCCUCACUGGGAGAGCUCGCGCUAUUGAAAGCAUUGAGAUUAACUCGACGUCUCGUGCUCCUGUAGCAAAGCCCAACACGGUCAGCUCAUCCAGACAAGCAACAACUGCGAAGGUUCACCACGGCACCGCUCAACCAAUGCAAAGGGCUAGGCCAGCUCAAAAGUCUGCUCCAACGGGAAAGGUUACUUAUCCGUGCUCCAUGUGUGAGGCAGAUCAUUACCUCACGUCCUGCUCAUCCUUUCGACAGGUCACCGUGCCAGCUCGUAGGGAGGUGGUAGAGAGGCGUUACCUCUGUUAUAACUGCUUGGGACGACAGUCGGUCAGGGACUGCAGGUCAAAGACUACCUGCCAGUACUGUGGGAAGCUCCACCACUCGAUGCUGCACAGUCAGCCAUCAAAGUCAGCCUGCCCGUCUAGCUCAACAGAGGCAACAGAUCAGCUCAGCUGCGCAGAAACCAGUUCCGGUGGUGACUUACCUCGUCAGCCAGCUCCUAGCCCAGCUCAAGAUUUCCGUCCUGGUGUCCUUCUGGCUACCCGCCUUGGGUUUUUGGUACGUCCAGACCGUCCAGCUCACCAGGUCCGUCUACUCAUUGAUCCCGGAUCGGAAAUCUCUAUCAUCUCUGAUCAACUCGUUCGUCAGCUUGGGGUCUUAAGACUUAAGACUCAGCUACGAAUCUCGGGAAUUGGAGAUGCGGCAUCUGGGCCGGCAUUAGGCAAGGUUCAGCUCACUAUACAGUCCACUCACUCUAACUUUCAACUCAGGGUUUCUGCCUAUGCUCUCGGCCAGCUCACCAACUCGUUACCAACAUUUUCUUCAAGUCAGCUCACAUGGAAUCAUCUGGAAGAACUCCAGCUCGCUGAUCCCGAUUUUCUCACACCAGCACCAGUUGACAUUCUUCUUGGCGCUGAUGUCUAUGGGCAGCUCAUCUUACCCAACGUCAUCACCAAUGGACCAAGCUCACCAUCGGCACAGCUCAGACGACUUGGAUGGAUCGUAUUCGGACCGACGGAAGGUCCUGAUACUACUCCAAUAGCAACUUCUCAUCUAACGGUCACCAACGAUGAUCUCAAUGAACUGCUCACCAAAUUCUGGAUCCAGGAAGAGGUCACUGGGGCUCCAGGGGUUCAGCUCAGCGAAGAGGAAGCUCAGUGUGAAGAUCACUUUCAACGGACCCACUCACGAGAUUCCUCUGGCCGCUACAUCGUUCGGAUACCGCUCAAAGCCUCAGCUUCCUUGCUGGGGGAUUCACGAUCGUCUGCACUCGCUUGCCUCUAUCGUCUGCUCGGGAAACUCUCACGUGAUGAGGUGUAUCGUCAGCUCUACACGGACUUUCGCAAGGAAUACGAAGAGCUCGGCCACAUGCGUCGAGUUUCUGGACAGCUCCCUAGAUCAGCUCAUCAGCGCCAGUUGCAAGCUGAAGAACUACUCAGGAUCGCUCACCAAGUGACGCAGCUCUGCCUGUCAGGAGGCUUUCCAUUAGCCAAAUGGCACUCGAAUAGCCCAGCUCUACUUACAUAUCUUCAACCUGACAGCACCUCUCAAGAUCAACGAUCCAUACAGGACUCAUUCACCAAGAUUCUCGGGGUUUCUUGGCAUCCAGGAACGGACAAGUUCAAGUUCUCCGUCACUCAGCCUGAGACCAGCUCAAUAACGAAGAGGAUCAUAUUAUCGGAGACGGCUCAACUCUUCGAUCCGCUCGGCUUCCUCGCACCAGUGGUCGUGCGAGCGAAGAUUCUGCUUCAGGCUCUAUGGAUCGAGAAACUGGGGUGGGACGAACCAGUCUCGCCGACGACUGCUCAACGAUGGCGCGCUCCACACUUUGGAGGGAAAUGGGAAGCGACGGUGAAGUCGGUGAAGUUCCAUCUCACCCGAACGAUCGGAGAGGAUCUGCUCACUUUUGAGGAACUCACCACUUUGCUCGCUCAAAUCGAAGCGGUGCUCAACUCACGACCCCUGGAACCGCUCACGGAUGAUCCUGAUGACUGCUCAGCCUUGACAUCGGGACUAUUUCUCAUCGGUCAGGCUCCCACGACUCUUCCGGAACCAUCUUUAGAGCAACUCAACGUCUCGAGACUCUCUAGAUGGCAGCUCAUUCAGCAGAAACUCCAAGGAUUCUGGAAGAGGUGGUCCACGGGAUAUCUCCAACGUCUUCAGGCGAUAUCCAAGUGGCACCAUCCGACUCAUCAACUACGGAUCGGCUCACUGGUUCUACUCACGGACGAGAGAUUUCCGCCAACGAAGUGGCCUCUCGCCCGAGUGACUGCUCUGACCCCAGGAUCGGAUGGACUCACCAGGGUAGUCAGCAUCAGGACUGCUCAGACGACGCUGACGAGGCCAAUCGCCAAGCUCGUCAUCUUGCCCAUCUCACCUUCCGAGGAAUAG